GAUCUGAAAAUGAAGGGCAAGAGUGACUUCCAAUCUUCCUCCAAAUUACCUGAGGAGGAAGAAGGUGACUAUGAGACUGUAAGUUCUUCCACUCUGGAGGCCAUCCAUGCUUUGAGAAUCCUUCCUGCCAAACCCCCACAAGAAUCUGAAUAUGCAGACAAACGUUGCUUGAAGCCUCCAGGUGCCACCUCUCCCCCAGCACCACCAGACCCCUCACUUCCACCACCUCCCCAAGCAAAACACACGUGUGUUCUGGAGGAGAGGAGCGUGGCAGGUGUUAGAGGAGAAAGAACUAAAAUCAAUGGAGCUCAGGACCCUGUGCCCCCCCCAAGGCCUCUGAAGACACUGCCAAAGCAGUAUCAGCCUCUUCCUCCAGAGCCAAAGACAAGCAGCCAGCUCUUCCACACCAGGAAAAUGCUCAGCCAAGCUCAGGCUUUUCCAACAUCAGCAAAAGCCACAAGCCAUCUAUCUGUUAAGGAAGCAAAUGAAGCACCUGGAAGAGAACAAGCUCCAGGUCUGGGGGAGACACCUGGAAUGGCUUUUCAAGCACAACAGUACAAACCAAACCAUCAUCCUGAAGCCAGCUUUCAGUCCACGGGGAGCUCUAAAAGCAUUUGCAGCUCAGGGUCCAUGUUAAAUGUAGAGAAGAGGUCACCAUCUCCUAUGCCAUCCACAGCAUGCAAAAGCAAAUUAAAACAUUCUCUAGUAAAACAGGAUUCACAACCUCUUGCCCAACCCAUUGAAAAGGAUUUGAACAAAUAUGAAUGGUACCUUGGAGAAUACGAUCGCCAGGAGGCAGAGGAGGCACUGUUAGAGGAGAGCACUGACGAGACGUUCUUGGUGAGAAAUUGUUCCAAGAAAUCCAACACUGAGCCCUAUGUUUUGGUUGUUUAUUAUGGAAGAAGAGUCUACAACAUUAAAGUGCGUUUUCUAGAGGAGAGCCAACAAUAUGCACUGGGAACAGGGCUCAGAGGAGAUGAUAAAUUUAAUUCCGUGAAAGAGAUUAUCGAGUUCUACAAAUAUGUUCCCAUCACUCUCAUUGAUGGAAAGGAUAAAUCAGGAAUCCAGAGAGAACAAUGCUUCCUUACACACCCACUGAAGUCACACAAAAGAUGUUUUCUGCCCUAA